CCGGGAAGGCGGCGGUCCACCGUCGGCGGUGCGGGAGCUCCGGCGGGCGAUGGAUGAGGCUGUGGUGCGGCGGACCCAGGAGUCGCUGGGGCGCGUGAUCCGGCGGCCGCCGCUCAGCGAGCGCCUGCUCGGCCGGCCGCCCUUCCGCUACCUGCACGACAUCCUCGCCGAGGUAAUUAGAGUGACAGGUUUUCUGAAAGGACUAUACACCGAUUUUGAAUUGAAGUCGGAUAACGUUAAGGAUAAAGAUGCCAAAAUCAGCUUCCUUCAGAAGGCGAUUGACGCUGUUGUAAUGGUAACAGGAGAGCCACUGUCGGUAAACCCAGCGCGUGUGGUGGCUGGACACGAACCGGAGAAAACCAACGAAUUUCUGCAAGCCAUUGGGAAAUGCUGCUUAAAUAAGCUGUCCAGUGAUGCUGCUGUUAAAAGGAUCUUAGCUGGGGAAAGAGCUGGUGCUAAAGGGAAACCUCCGUCCUCUAAGUCUCGUGAUAGUGAAGGCAGAGAAUCCAAACCAGAAGAACAAAAAAGCCAUAAAACCAAAGAACGUCGAGGAGACACUGAAAUUAAAGACAGAAGCUCAAGCAGAGGCAGAAAACCCGAAGGAGAUUUGAAAGAGAGCAAAGAAAGAGAAAAGGAGAGUGAUAGACAGAAGGAUAAUGAAGACAGGCACAAGGACCCCAAAAGAGACACUUUUAAGGAAGGAGAAAAACAAGAAAGGGAAAGAAACAAAAGCAGAACAACCAAGGAAGGAAGAGACACAGAAAAAAACAAAGGAAAAGGAGACAUAGAGCGAGAAGAUGAUCUUGAGCGUGAUAAAGGACAGGAAAGAGAGGAAAAAAGUGGAGGAAGAGAAAAGGACAGAUUGAAAGAAAGAGAGAAAGAUAAGGCUAGGGACAGAGAACGAGAGAAGGACAGAGAGAGAGGUAAAGAUAGAGAGAAAGACAGAGAUAGAGGUAAAGGUCGGGAAAGGGAUGGACACAGGGACAAAGAUGAGGAACAUCCAAGAGAACAUGGCAAGCAUAAAGCAGAGAAAAAGUCUGCAGAUUCUGAGGAAUCCACACUUAGAAAAACGCCGAGGCCAACUAACGGCAGCAAGUGCCAGCCAGCUAGUGAGAAUGAAGAUACUGCAGGAAUAUCAAGGCAGCCUUCAACGAAAGGAUCAAGGCAGCGUGCCAAACCCAGAGGAGAAGGAACCGUGGAAACAAAGAGCAUGGCAGAUAGGAUUUCAGAGGAGAAUGUCACUAAACUGCUGGAGGAAGCUGAACCAGGACGUGCAGUAAAACAGAAAGAAGAAGAAGCGGAGAACGUGGCUCCAGAAAAGCCUGUAGUGUCUGAAAAUGGUGAAGUACCUAAUGAUCUUCCACCCCAGCCUGUCCGAAGACGUAUUCCCCGUCCUAGCAGUGCAAGACCAGCACCACCCCGAGUAAAACGUCAAGAAAGCGCAGAGGUCUUACCUCUAGAAAGGAGUGGGAGUGGUAAACCAGUCUCAACCGUGAUCAUGGAUCAGCAGGUUUCUGAUGAUGACGAUGACCAGUUUGUGGUGGAGGCAGCCCCGACACUGCCAGAAAUGCCGAACAUAGAAAUGGAGCCAGAAGUGGAGCUAGUUGAGGAUGACAAGCAUGGUGGACUUGUAAAAAGAAUCCUAGAAACGAAGAAAGAUUAUGAGGCAUCACAGAAAUUAUCAAAGAUGACAGAGAGGGAGAAGCCUUUUGUGUCGGAAGCGGCUAGGAAGAAAGAGAGAGACUUGGUAGCCAAAGAAAUUGAGAAGUUUCAGUUCUCUGUUCAGACGCAGUGCCAGAGUGCCCUUGCUCUGGUCAUGAUCAUGGAUUACAUUCAGGAAGACAUGGACGCCAUGAAGAACGAGUGGCAGAUGUGGCGGCACGAGAACAGACAGCUUGCAGAAGCUCUGCAGAAGGAGCAAAGCAUCACAGACAGUGUUGUAGAAUCAUUAAAAGCUGACCUGGCUGAAUUGGAACAGUUGAUUAAAGACGAGCAAGACAAGAUUCGUGCUGUAAAAGCUAAUAUUUUAAAGAACGAUGAAAAAAUCCUGAAGAUGGUUCGUAGUAUAAACGUGUCUUCAAGAAGGUGAAGAAGAGAGGAAAAAAAAGCUUUUGGACUGACUGUCAUUCCUACCAAAUAAAAACACAGUAACAGAGAAAACUAAAAUGUGCCUUGUAUAGAUGUUAAGUGUUCAGGGGUCAGAAGUCUAAAAAUUGUAUAAAAUCCCGUUAUUGCAUUCAUGUUUAGAUGUUGAUAUUAUGCAGGGUAAAAUUAUAUUUGUUUGAACGCUCAAGUUGCAGGGCUUUAAAAAUAACUUCUGUGUUUAAAUGUGAACUGCUUUUUGCUCACUGAUGAGGUCUUCACAGCUCUCUUUCCCUCCCUGGCCUGUUGAGCACAAUUUCUGAGCCACUUCUCUCUCCAUCUUCUCCUCCUCAUUUCCACUGAGGUUAUUUUUGACCACACCAUUAAGGAAAUACUGGUAUUGGAUUCUUCUGCCCCUUUAAGAAAAUGUUCAGACUCCUGCAGGCCAGAGGGUUCCUGAAUCCUGUUGAUUAUUUACGAGUAUAAUUAUCUACACUACAAUGCCAAAAGAUGAAGAAGUAAAGCCUCGUGUAACUUACAGUUCUUUGCAUCAUUACAGAGGUGACGUAAUGCUUUCAGAGCUAUCAGGAAUCUUAUUAGGAGCAACUGAAAAUGCAAUACGAGCAUCACCACGUAAGGGAGCAGAGGUAUUUUAUCUGCACAGGCGUUAAUUCCAUUUUUAUUGCAUAUGUUCAUUUGGAAAGGAUUAAUUUAAGUACCUGUUUCCUCCCAAAUGCAAGUUCCUGUAACUUUCUACACAUGAAUAAUUCCACUGAUUUUUUCAGUUAACUGCAGAUGCCUGUACCGUUUCCUCAUGACCUCUGGAGUGAACUGCACGUUGGAGUCCAGCUUUACUUAUUGCUAAACCUGCAAAGCCUAUUAGCGUAGACACAACUGUAUGACACUGCACUGAGCACAGAAGGCUUUAGUCCCCUGCAAGGCUGUUCUCUCAAGAUAUCUACGAUCUGUGAGCGUAUCUCCUCCUCCCACAUUGUUUGGAUGGUGUAUUACACACUAAUGUCCUUUUUUUUUUUCCCCCUUCUAUGAUUGGCAAAUCUGUGUUUCAUUUUUUCUUCUUGGUUUAUUUUUGUGGUAUCUGGACCUUGAAAAACUCUACGAAGUGGAUCAUCGCCAAAUAGCGUACCCUGGAUCCAUCCACUGAAGAGGCGACCGCCGCAGGGUGAGGCUGCAGAGGGAAGGGCAGGACCAGGGCUGCGUAAAGCCCAGCAACCGCAGGGCUGCUUUUGUGCUUCAAGGGCUCCUGGAGGUGCAUCCUUCCCUGCCAGGAGAAUCCGAGCGGGUCGGCCAGCACCGGGACCUGGCGGGCCCUGUCUCAGCCGAAUUUGCACCUUCCCCUCUUCCCGGAGCCCCAACACACCUACGGAGGUGAGUCAGUCUGGUACGUGUGAUGGAGUCCGGAGCUCCCAUGCCACGGAGUCCGUGUCACGUCCAUGUCGUGGAGUGAUCUUCAUCCGUGAGAGAGCCCCGGGCAUGUCCCACAACACCCCUUGUAGCCGCCUGCGACGCUGAGGCGCGCCUCUUCCGAAACGCUUCCUGAUGUGUUUUGUGACAAAACAUUAAGAAAUAACAUUUCCGUUUUCCAGUGAGAAAUUUAAUUAGACAGAAUUAAAAGGUAUAGUUUAUAGUUUAAUUUAAUGCGAUGAAAGAAGGAUUAGCUCCCUCCUCCCCAAAUCCCAGCCUGGGACGGUGGCAGCCUGGCCUCCCAGUUGCAUCCGACAGCCACAGAAGGAAAACGCUUACCAAGAAGAAAAGGGAGAGAAAUUCUGCUCCAGAUUUACGACUUGCGAGGCAGAGGUUGCAGGGGUGAGCCUCAUUUUAUGUCGCCCUGGGUCCCACAGACUUGACUUUGUUGUGUGCCUAGGAAUGAGCUGAAAACUGAUUGUUUUGGCUGCUUUUGCAGGUCAGUUGUGUGCUCAGGUGCUGGUUUGGGCCACUGAGGCUCUUAGUUGUGUGUACGUGGUAAAGAGUGUGUUCAGACACGCAGGAAGUGUGUGGUUGUGCCUCUCAGGCGGUUUCGCUGGUUUUGGCAUUUUUGUUCUGCCAGUGACAGUGAUUGGGGGCAUCAGACAGAAGCCAGUGGGAAGGAUCUGGCCCAAGGGAUGUUGGCGUCGUAGGGUUUUUCCCACGCUGUGCUCAAACCACCUGGGUGGCAAGUUCUGGUGCACAGGAGAAACGCUCUGCCCGGUGGUCCCUGCUUCAGCCUUUCUCUGCCAUAGACUUUCCAAAGCAAAAAAAAUAUACUGUCCAGGGAGAGAACUCAGAUGUGGCUUCUUCCUGCAGGAUCUGUCAGGCGUGUGGCGCAGCCCGAUGGGAGGGAGACUCCUGCACCCUCCCAGCCCUGGUGGUUUUGCCCUGAAGUGACCUCUGGGCAAUCCUUGCACAUCUCAGGACUUCGGCAGAGCCAGCAGGAGGGAAGCGAUCGGUGGUGCCCCUGUACUGGGAAAGCAGCACCUGGACACGUAUGAGGACAACCUUCUUCUUCAAGCUGGGGAGAAAACAGAGGUGUUCAGCAAGUGAGUCCCCUUCUCUUAAGAAAUGGGGAAUGGGUGGCCUUUUUCAGCUUGUGAAGAAGUGGAAAUUUCUUUUCAAGAAAAGUUGGUGGAAUUUUUGUUUCUUUUUCUCUUUUCCAAACUUUUUUUCCUGCAUGUGAAAAGGUCAGGUGAUUGCUGUCCUGUUCUGUACUGGAAGUACUUCCAGGUGUGCUGGCUCUGCAGAGGGGUGGGACAGGGAUGCCGGUCCCAUACCCUGCGGGUGAGAGGCUUCCAGACACGGCAGAGGAUGCGGUCUCCCUGUUCAGGGGCAUUGCUUAGAUAACUCCCUUCUACAAACCAGAGCAGCUACAACCCCGUGGGUUUUUGGUCACGUUGUGAGGCACAGUUGCUUUUCCGAGGGACAUGGAGGCACCCAGGAGCAGGUUUAGAUGCUCGGCUGCUGGAGCAGGAUGGGCCUGGGGACCUUGCUGAGCAUCGCUGUGCUGUGGGAUGUGUGGCUGAGGAGGCUCCCUGCUCCCUCCUUCCUCCCCAGAGGAUGUUGUAGAAGCAAUGACCAAAACAAGUUACCCCCAUAUGCUCAUCUUUACUGCAAGGUCUGUUAAAGGUUAAUAAUAGAGAAGGAAGGAAAUUUACGCAGGAGAAGGUGCUUAAAUAGCUAAAAUAACAGAUACAACCCAGAACUUGAGGCAAACUCAUUUUCCUGAGAGGAAGAGCAGACACAGUCUGCGUGCCCAGGGUGUACCCAGGCCUCUCGUCUCUGUCUGCUGCUGAACCACAUUUAGGGAGGUCUUGUGCUGCAGUGCUGUGGAAGGGAACAGCCUUUGCUUUCCAUCCACUGUAACUGCUUCUGUAUGAACGGCUAAUUAUGGACAUAAAUCCCUCCCUCCCCAGAAGGCCAGAAGAGCCCGUUCCAAAUGUCCGGGAUAUAAACCGAAAGGACCUCUAUUGAUUUCAUGUAAAAGGUGUAUUUUAACAGAGCUCUUUUUGUUUCAGAUGCCUGGCUCGGUCUAGAAGGAAAUGGAUGGGAAGCGGUACGGGUGAGCAGCGUGGAGCUGCACGGUAUCUCUCAAUUCCUGGGCUGGCAGCCUAGCCACAGGGACCGUUCUCUGGCUAACAGCUUUACGUCGGAUUAGGUUGGUGGCAAGAGGUGCUUAAUUUCUUCUGUGCUUUCCGAUUUCUCUGUUUCUUGGAACAGCAUCUGCCGAUGCUGGAGACCAAGUGUCGGCUGGCGCUACAGAGAGUAUUGCAGACCUGUCUGGGAAGGAGAAGCUGUUUGGAUAAGAAGCAGUUGCUCCAAGCGGGAGAUUCCAAGCUGGUCUGGCUUUAACCUAGAGAGAGAGAGAAAGGAAAUCUUUCUGUCCAAUUCAAAUAACCUCGGCAGUACUUCCAGUGCACGUUACAAAGCUGGAAACUGGAGUCGACCUGAGAGACAGCAGUGGGAGGUGAAGGAGCCCAAGAUGCUCCUCUCUGCAGCACCCGAGUUACGCCACUGACCAUCACAGAUUUCUGUGCUGCAGUUCCGAUUGUAAGGAUGGGCGGGAGAGAAAUGAGAGCGCUGUUUCCAUAGUUAUCGACUACUACAAUGACUGAAGAUGUGGAGAAGAAAGAAUGAAUCCUCCAGCACCUUGAAAUGUCUCAUAACGUCAGAAAAAUGGCAUUAAAUUCAAGGCGGGAGCUGAAUAAAAGUACAUCCGUGCCCCAACAAUCUUCAGCGAACAGCGUCGGUCCACACACAAAGUCCUGGCAGGAGAGCAAGCCCCGUUUUGGAGGAUGCGCCAAGAGACCUUGAUUUAAAGUGGUCCUGAGCAGCCUGGAUGCAGGGAAGCCACUGAGUGGAGAAGAGCCAGAGAUUUCCAACAGUGACAGGUUUUCAGUGUGAUGAAACUGCGGCUGUCGCCAUGUGUGGAUGUAGUGAGAAAAGGCAGAAGAGAGCAAGAAAUUCCCCCUUGAUGGACUCAGCAUCCCUUAUGGGGUCCUGGUGGCUGCAGGGGAAGCUCAGCUGAGGAACACCUUGAGCUGGAGACCAACCCUGGAGCCAGAAGAAACACAGGACCCCGCCACCGUGCUUUGACCCUGUACAGCUUUGUCUUCAGUCUGUGCAAAGCAGAAUGGAUCUGGAGGUUUCUCCACCAGCCUCUCCAAGGAGGGCCUUGAUCUGCCAUCUGGUUUCGACUCAGAGUAGCAUCUCUCAUUCAAAGUCCAGACAGACGCUCUGAGGUCAGUGUGAAACAUGCUGCAGUGGGAUGGGAUGCUCCAUUUCAACCUUGGACUUCACAUCGCUCUGGAGAGCUCCAGGCCUUUUAUUCGUGCCUUGGCUCCAAGCUUGGGUUUUUCCUUCAAACCAAUCCAACUGGAAAGCGCUUAGGAACUGCUAACCUUGCUGUUCCCUGUUUCAUCUGUUCAAUGUGUUUGCCUUUCCCUUUGAGUUUUAGGAAUUAAUUGGGUGAGUUGGUGCUUUCAGAUCAUAGCCAUAACUUCAGCACCUGCUGUGGUGAAGGUCCAGCCUUUUGAGAUGACUUCAACUCCACCAUUCAGGUUUUCUUAGAGGUAAGUAGGAGUGGAUGAAACUCUUUUUUUAUAUGGUGCCACUCGGCUGGGCUGCUGGAUUACACAGCUCGACCCAGGUCAGUCCAAAAUCCACAUAAAUUUAGAUCAGACAUCAAGUCCUGCCAAAGACUUGCAGAUCAAAGCAACAGGAGUACUGUUAUGGGAACACAGUAACAUUCACUACGUUGGCUACCUCUGCAGUUCAGCAGCUGAUCUCUGUCCGUCUGGGGCAGGCUGUCUCCCUUCCAUCCCUUCGAUUUAAAUGGGUAGAGCCUCACAGCACAGCUUUGUGUGUUGUUUACAAGAGUGGAGCCAGGGUUUACAACAGUGCCGGUGGAGAGCAAUAGUAGUCAUAGAAUGUCCUGAGCUGGAAGGGACCCACAAGGAUCGAGUCCGUCUCCUGUCCCUGUAUAGAACAACCCCAGCGUUCACACUGUGUGUCUGAGGUCAUUGUACAAAAGCCUCUUGAAUAUUGUCAGGCUUCCCUGGGGAGCUGUUCCAGGGCUCCACCAACCUCUGGGGGAAGAACCGUUUCCUAAUAUCCAACCUAAACCUCUCCUGGUGCAUCUUCCUGCUACUGCCUUUGGUCUUGCCAUUAGUCACCAGAGAGGAGAUGAGCACCUGCGCCUCCUCCCCUUCUGAGGAAGCUGCAGAUUGUGAUGAGGUCUCCCCUCCAUCUCCUCCAGGCUAA